AUGAACUCUAAAAUCGAUCAAGCUGUUGGUGGUAUCAAGAAGGCUGUAGGUGGAGCUACCGGUAACCAAAAGAUGCAGGCUGAGGGUAUGGCUCAAAAGAACCAAGGUCAAGCUGGUAACCAGAUGGGCAAUACUGGUCAACAAGUUGAACAAGGCAAGCAAAACAUGCAGAGCAGUCUCAGUGGCAACAACAACGAUCGUAUGGGAGACAGCUUUAACAAUGACAACCUUAACAAUGACAACCUUAACAACGACAACUUUAACAAUGACAAUCUUAACAAUGACAACCUUAACAAUGACAACCUUAACAGUGGUGACUUUAACAAUGACAACCUUAACAGUGGUGACUUUAACAAUGACAACUGGGGAGCCCGUUAA